GGGUUUCAUUAAACCCAGCAACUCCCCGUGGGGUGCACCCGUCCUCUUUGCUCGCAAAGUGGACGGAACUCUUCGUCUCUGCAUCGACUAUCGUGGUCUCAACCGCUACACGAUUAAGAACAGCUACCCCAUGCCUCAUUCCGAUGAGUUGUUCGACCGCCUAGCAGGCAACCGCUUCUUUAUGAAGAUUGAUCUUCGUAGCGGUUACCAUCAGAUCCGCGUCGCUGCAGCCGACCAGCCGAAGACCGUGUUCCGAUCACGAUUCGGCCACUUCGAGUUCACGGUGAUGCCAUUCGGCCUCACUAAUGCUCCCGCUACCUUUGAGAGGGCGAUGAACGACAUCUUCAGGGACAUCCUGGAGCAGUACGUUCUCGUCUACCUCGACGAUAUCCUGGUCUACAGUCGUACCCUUGAGGAGCACCUCAGACAUCUCCGCGACGUCCUGGACCGCUUGCGGAGACAUGGCUUUUACACCAAGCUGAGCAAGUGCCGCUUUACCCAGCACAAAGUGGAUUUCUUAGGACACUACGUGUCUGACCAGAGUCUCCACAUGGACGACGCGAAGAUCACUGCUAUUGCGGAGUGGCCCGCUCUCACAUCCGCCAAGCAGCUUCGCAGCUUCCUAGGCCUGACCAGCUACUACAGUAACUUCAUCCGGGGAUACGCUAGGUAUUCCUACGUCCUUACCUCCACCCUCCUCCGGAAGAACCCUCCCUGGGCUUGGACACCCCUCCACGAGGACGCCUUCCGCGCCCUCAAGAAGGCGGUGACAUGCGCACCGGUUCUUCACCUACCCGAUUUUGACCGCCCUUUUAUCCUUACCACCGAUGUGUCAGACUUCGCUGUGGGAGCAGUGCUUUCUCAGGUUUUCCCCUCCUCUCCUGAUUCCUCUCAUCCUCAUAUCCCUCGCUUCCCACCACAUACCCCUUCCACUGCUUUCCGACUGACGCCUACUCGUUCAGCUACUGACGAGCCUUCUAUUGACUAUUCUCCUACCAUCGUCGAUGACGGCACUGUCGAGUCUCGCUCAGGUGAUUAUUCGAUAGCCUUCUACUCCCGUCAGCUCCUGCCCGUCGAGAUAAACUGCACUGCUGAUGAACGUGAGCUACGUGUCCGAGCAGUAGCAGAGUUUCAUGACCAGGCAGCUGCCGGUCAUAUGGGCUUCCACAAGACGUUGGCUCGUGUGAGCCGCCUGUACAUCUGGCCGAAGCGCAAGGACUUUGUGAAGGACUACGUCGCAGAGUGUCCCACCUGUCAGGAGGUGAACAGUGCGAACCACCUGCCUUAUGGUUUGCUCCAGCCUCUUCCUAUCCCUGAGGGUCGUUGGCAGUCGAUCUCGAUGGACUUUAUCGGUCCUCUUUGUCCUCCGACCCCUCGCGGUCAUGAUGCUAUCCUGGUCGUCGUCGACCGCUUCACGAAGCGUGCACGCUUUGUUCCGUGCCGCUAUGCCAUCAGUGCACGUGAGGUUGUCGACAUCGUGUUUGACCGAGUCGUGCGUGACCACGGCUUACCUCUGAGCAUCAUAUCUGACCGUGACCCGCACUUUGCCAGCCGAUUCUGGCGACAGCUCCAGGAGGUAUACGACACUCAACUCCGCUUCUCCUCGUCUUACCAUCCUCAGACUGAUGGUAAGACCGAGAUCACGAAUAGGACUCUCGGAGAUAUUCUUCGAAACAUUGUUCGUGACGACCAACAGUGGGAUCUUCAUCUUGCCCACGCGGAGAUAGCCUACAACCACGCCGUCUCGCCAGCCACGGGGAUGUCACCUUGCUAUUGCGACCUCGGCUAUCACCCUCGUGUUCACGCGGACUUCCUUCGACCGUCCCAGCUGCACCCCGACACGAGUUGUCCCGCGCUGGACGAUUGGGUUGCACACAUGACGUCGAUCAUGAAGAUCGCACAUGAGCACAUAGCCGCUUCCCAGACUCGCAUGGCAGCACGUGCGAACCGAUCGAGGAUGGAUCAUCCAUUCAAAGUUGGUGAUGAUGUGCUUAUCGACGCCCGCCACUUACAGCUCGAAGCGGACACGCUUCGCAAGUUUCGGCGUCGCUUCUUUGGCCCAUGCCGCAUCCUCCAGGCCGUCGGUUCUGAUACGGCAUCUAGCCCGGUCAGCUUCCGUGUGAAGUUGCCCGACUACCUACGCCAGACUCAUGUGCACAAUGUCUACCACGUCUCGUCACUGCGUCCUUACCGUAGACCGUCUGAGCGUUUCGCUGGACGACCAUGCGAGCGCCCUCCACCCAUCAUGGUGGACGGCCACGAGGAGUUCCUCGUUUCAGACAUCAUUGGUCGCCGAGUCACCGACGACAACCCUCCCCACGUCGAGUAUCUCGUACGUUGGAAGGGUUACCCUGAUGAGGAGGCUACCUGGGAGCCCCUCGAGCACUUGCAGCACGCUCGCAUGUUGGUGCGUGUCUAUGACCGUGCUCGUCGUGCUGGGUUCACUGCUCCUCCUCAGCCCACUGACCCUUCUUCUUCUCCUCCGGCUGAGGAGACCACUGAAGUCGAGCCUGCUCCAUCCGAGGCAGCCCUUCAGCAGCAGUUGGAUGCUUCUGAGCGUCCACAGCGCACUCGUCGUCGUCCUGCUCGAUACGACAAUUGACUCUGACUUACCUUCCCACGUCUUCGACUUCUCAGUACUCCAUCCACAUCAGUUUUGCUACUUCAGCUCAUCAACGCUG